UAUUAAAUGAAAAUUGUAUCUAAAUUAGCCUAUUUUUGUAAGCUGAGUCGUGGCUGCAAACUGAAUUUGGUCGUAAGAAAUGGCUAUAAACUGCUAUGUUAAUAAAACUUAAACAAAUGUGCCACAUAUGGCUUUACUGGAAUGUUUUAGAGAGCAUGUCAAUAGUGUGUUUGGCGUGACCAUGUCUCGCGCUCAACAGCGCUGUCUGUGGACAGAAUAGCCACACCCGCUCCCAUGAACACUGAUCUGUCACACGCUCAAGUGCAAUCCGAACCAAAAGACGAUGUAAAACGAAUCCGAAUUGUACUACAAAGCGAUCCAAUUGUAAACGUAACUGAAAGCCGCAGAUGAAGAUGGAGUCUCCGCCAGAGUCCGUCACGGUGCCGUGCAAGAGCGCUGAAGCGGGCGCUUCGGUGGAGGACAGCCCGGUGAAACUGGACAGCAAGGCUGAAACCGACAAACCAGCUCCAGUUCGGCGGCAGAGUUGCUCAAGUACCAACAGGGAUGUGUCCUCAGCAAAGAAAACGCACACGUCUCAGAUUGAGAGUAUUCCCUGUAAAAUCUGUGGAGAUAAAUCAUCAGGGAUCCAUUAUGGUGUUAUCACCUGUGAGGGAUGCAAGGGUUUCUUCCGGAGGAGUCAGCAGGGCACUGUGUCAUAUUCAUGUCCUCGGCAGAAGAGCUGUCUGAUCGACCGGACCAGCAGAAACCGCUGCCAGCACUGUCGCCUGCAGAAAUGCUUAGCAGUGGGCAUGUCAAGAGAUGCUGUGAAGUUCGGCCGCAUGUCUAAGAAGCAGAGGGACAGUCUUUUCGCAGAAGUUCAGAAACACCGCCAACAGCAGCAGGAUGAGAAAAUGGGUGAUGAGACCGAGAAGGGGCGGGAACCUCAACCUCCAGGAGAGGCAGAGCCACUCACACCCUCUUACGCCCUGUCCACCAAUGGCGUCACAGAGCUCCCAGAUGACCUCAGUGGAUACGUGAAUGGUCAGACCCCAGAAGAGGGAAAGGCAGAUCCAGCAAUUGGAGGAUUUUACCUGGACAUUCAGCCCUCUCCAGACCAGUCAGGUCUAGACAUGGAUGGCAUUAAACUUGAAGCUGUAUGCGACCUUAGCUCAGACUCUGGCCUGGAUCAAUAUUGUUGCUAUAGCAAUGGAGAAUCUUCACCUCCUGACAGUGAUCUAGAACAUCUGUCAGAGAACAUCUGCAAGUCUCACCUGGAGACGUGCCAGUAUCUUCGAGAGGAACUACAGCCCAGCAAUUGGCAGACAGUCUUACAGACCGACCUGGACACGUACCAAAAGAAGUCUCAGGAGGACAUGUGGCAGCUGUGUGCGGUUAAAGUCACCGAAGCAGUGCAGUAUGUGGUUGAGUUUGCCAAGCGCAUUGAUGGAUUCAUGGAGCUCUGUCAGAAUGAUCAGAUCGUGCUGCUCAAAGCAGGUUCUUUAGAAGUUGUGUUUGUGAGGAUGUGUCGGGCAUAUAACUCCCAGAACAACACUGUCUAUUUUGACAGCAAAUAUGCUGGGCCGGAGGUCUUCAAAGCUCUGGGCUGUGAUGAUCUUAUCAGCUCUGUGUUCGAGUUUGCUAAGAGCCUGAACUCUCUACAGCUAAGUGAGGAUGAGAUUGGCCUGUUUUCAUCAUACGUGCUGAUGUCUGCAGAUCGCUGCUGGCUGCAGGAGAAGACCAGAGUGGAGAAACUCCAGCAGAAGAUCAAGAUCGCCUUGCAGAACCUCCUACAGAAGAACCAGAGGGAUGAGGGAAUUCUCACAAAGCUGGUCUGUAAAGUGUCCACCGUUCGGAUGUUAUGCCGUCGCCACAUGGAGAAACUGAGCGCAUUCAGAGCUCUUUACCCAGAAACAGUCCAAACACGCUUCCCUCCACUCUAUAAGGAGCUGUUUGGCUCCGAAUUUGAGCAGGUUCUGCCUCAGGAGGCCUGAUAGAGACUUAUCCUAAUACUGCACAGAUUCAGAGACAAAAAGACUCAGAGAGAGAGAGAGAUAAUACUAACAUGCUGACAAGAACUCUAAUCUCACUUCAGCCUCAGUUCAUGCACACUGCAUUCUCACAAAGCACUUCUCAGUGUCCAGCUACACUUUUAACUCGCCCCAUUGGCCGAGCACCAGAAGGCUGACAAGAAGAGGAGACUAUAGAUGCGAGGGGGGAAAAAAAACAGGCCGAUAUUUUGUAAUGUGAUUCAGAGCGUUCCUCAAUCCCACAGCUUUAUCUUUCAGCCUCCUGUUCCGACUGUAUGGGAAUCGUAGUGGACACGCCCACUGCGUUUAACUGCCCCAGCAGCGCCCUCUACCGGCCAUAACGGGUAAUGAGGUGUCUGGCUGGGGUAGACAGGGACAGGAAAUGAACGUCUGGAGCUGAAAUCCCUGUCUUUCUUCUCCGUUGGCACAAUGAACCACCCAUGUUGGUGCUAGCAUCACAUCACAGCACUGCCCUUUACUGACUUCUUCCACUACACAGACAUCAGCAGGGACAUCAUUCGGCAAAACCACUGCCCCAGCCGCAGGAGAAGCCAGUGGACAAGGCAUGACAUGGGACUCAAACUAUGAGACCUGAAUCACUAUCGUAGUGAAACUUACAUGAUCUAAUGGUAUAUUCUGAGGCAGUGAGCUCAAAUACGUGCAUAUAUACUUGUUAUAUGGUUAGUUAAAUCAUGCAAUGUAUGAUGUUUAGAACUUAACGAAAGGUAGCACUUUGUGUUUUUUCCCAGCAAUAAACGAUUUCAAUUCAUUUUGUGAAAAAAUCUGAAGGAACAUGCUGUUAUUUUAGAUCUGUGAGAUCUGAAAUACUUGUCUGUGUUUUGUCAAAUCUGUCUUUUAAAGCCAGCUCGCGUUGUCUAGAGUAGACAGUGGUGUGACGCCCUGUUGUGCCAUAUUGAUUCUGUAAUUAGAUUUCCGUCAAAGUGAGCUGAGUAGAGAGAUGAUUGACAGACGAGGGGCAUGUGUUGACAUUCCAGGGGAUCUAGCUGUUUGUAUUAAAUGUCGUGGGGAUGGAGGAGGUUGACGUUGUUCCUAACUGACCCUUUUUGAGAUAUGUUGAGAUUAGUUUUGCACCUAGUAAUGCUCAUCAGGGAAGAGGAGAGAAUAAAGAGUCACUUUUGCGUUUCAUUCUUUAAUUUGCAGCUGUGUACACAUGCAGGCUUGGGGGGGUUUUUUUUUUCACAGUAACUUUGUGUCAACACUUUUGUGCCCCUUCACCAACACUCAUUUGAACCAAAUUGAAUGCAUUUAGCACGCAGCCUACAUACAAGGACAAGCAAUAACCUUAGUAAAUAUGUUCUGAUCUAACAUCUCUGUUAAAUGUUUUUUGUAAGGGCUGGCACUGCUUUAUCUGUAGUGUUCUUGUUUGUAUCUGUUCCGUGAAAGACAAUCCAUUCGAUAUCUGACCUCAUUAAAGGGUAUUUUGGGACUGCUCAGGGAAACUAUUGUUUUAUAGUUGAGGAGGAGAGUCAGAAACUGCAAGGAGACGGCGGUAUAGUACAGUCGUUUGAAAAAAAAAAAAAAAUGUGUAAAAAGCACAGUGAAAUCGUCCUCUUCGAGCAUCAGGGUCUGGUGUGGAAAUGAAGAAUUAUCCAAAACAAUACUGAGCAGAAAGCAAUAAUAACGGCAUAAUCAUGUUUUGAAUAUGAAAAUUGCAUGCAAAUGCUUUAAAUGCAGAACUUUGUCAUGUGUUUUUGUUUGCUUUGAAAUUCGCUUGGUUUGGCCUCUCCCAUGCCCCAGUGUCUUUAUCCCCUUUCCUAUUUUGAUUUGGCCUAUAUGUAUUCUCUGUGAAUAUAUUUUUUAGCAGUCCUCAAUCCCACUGUUUGUGCUGGUUAUAUCUAACUUUUUGGUUGGCUGUUAAAGAAGUAUUAUGGCACUUAAAUGGUUAGCAAAUUAAUUUUUUUACUAUCAAUUAAAUGCUUUUUGAUUUCUGACCUUAUCAAGGUUUGGUAUGAAUUCUAGCUGUUUAUUAUUAUGACGUGUAACGUGUGGUAUUCUCUGUGUGCUAGUCCAGAGGCCUGGAAUGUUCUUCUUUAUUUGCCAAUUAUCCUUUAAAUGUCCAUCACUAAGGCAGUAUUGUAUUUUUCUCUUGCUUUGGUUUUGGGGCAUGAGUACUUAUUCUGUCUAUGUAUGUGUUAAAACAAGAGUAUCACAGUAACACAGUCCCUUUUAAGGUUGUCAUAUUUUCACUGACAAAUGACCAAAUGUUUUAUAUGAUAUACACACCAUAAUAUGCUAAUUUGUGAGAGUAAUGUAUCAUUUGAGUGGAUCACAGUUUGUACUGAAGAAAAACUUCAUUGUUUAGGAGUCUGGGGUUUUUCAUCUGUACAUAUUUCCAUUCUUAAUUUUUAACAGAUUAACCAAUGGUCUUUUGAUUUAAUCCACAAGCACUCUUCAACUAGUACACCUGUAGAAAGGGUCUGUUUCUUCCUAUUUGUUCGUUUUGAGGUAUUUUGCCUUUGUUUUGUAUAUACACCUGUACAAAAAAUGCAAAAGUAUUGUUUUCUUUGAAAUACAGUUUUCAUCUAAUGUUGUGAUUUUUGUAUUUAGAGGUUUAACCCCCUAAAUUACUUUUAUUAAAGACGCAUGUCACACAUUGACAAAUAGUGUGUUGAACGUGCUGAGGACAAUAAAAAAAAAA